AUGACUCCACCGAGAGUAAUGACAAUAGCUGGUAGUGACAGCGGAGGUGGAGCAGGUAUUCAAGCAGAUAUCAAAACGCUCACCUCACUUCACGUCUAUGCGACUUCAGCCAUAACCUCUGUCACAGCACAAAACACAAAGGGAGUGACAGGCAUUCACGAUAUGCCACCUGAAUUUGUGAGCCAACAGAUUUCAGCUAUUCUCAGUGAUAUCGGUACCGAUGCCAUCAAAAUCGGCAUGCUCUCCUCCGUUCACAUUGUUAAGGAAGUAGCUUCCGUCCUCAAGAAGUUCCCCGAGCAUAGCAAACAAAUCGUUGUCGAUCCUGUCAUGGUAGCUACAAGUGGUUCACGACUUUUGGCCGCUGAAGCUACUGAAGCUUUAAUCAAAGAUAUUUUGCCAAUGACCUACAUUUUGACACCUAAUGUACCGGAGGCGGAAGUGCUUUUGGGUAUGAGUCCUGGAACUAUCAAGUCUACCGAGGAUAUGCACACUUGUGCUAAGAAGAUUGCUGCUAUGGGUCCCAAGUUUGUUUUACUGAAAGGAGGUCAUUUGCCUCUCAAAGUGGAUGGCGAUAAGCUUCAAGUCAUAGAUAUUGUGUACAAUUCGAUGAAUGAAAGUUAUCACGAGAUACCGAGUGACUACAUACAGACGAAGAAUACUCAUGGUACCGGUUGUACUCUAUCUGCUGCUUUAGCGGGUGAACUAGCCAAAGGAGCACAAGUGGAACAAGCUUGCGAAAAUGCGAUCCAUUAUGUCAAGAUGGCCAUUUCUCAGGGUUUGGGUGACAUGGGUCAAGGUAAUGGCCCUAUCAAUCACUUUCAUCCUCUACGUUGGUCACCUUACAAUGGCAAGCCUUUGAUUCAAGCCAUUAAGGAUAGAAUGCCUGAAGGUGUCUGGAGCGAUUUCAUUGAUCAUCCAUUUGUUCGUGGAAUUGCUGAUGGUACACUUCCUCUCGAAUCUUUUACUUAUUAUCUCAAGCAAGAUUAUCUUUAUCUCCAGCAUUACGCACGUGCUGCUUCUCUUGCUGCCUAUAAGUGCGGAACUAUGGAUGCCAUCAAAAGAAACGCAGCCGUUGUUAUGCAUAUCACUGAGGAAUCCGAAAAUCACAUAAAGUACUGCGCCAGAUAUGGAAUCUCGAGAGAAGAUAUUUUAAGCACACCAGAAAGUGUCUUCAAUUCCGCCUACACGAGAUUCGUAUUAGAUAAAGGUGCUGCCGGUGAUAUUUUAGAUUUAAAGAUGGCUAUGGCGCCCUGUCUAAUAGGAUAUGGUGACAUUGGUCUCAAGCUAUAUAAUGACCCUGCAACCAAGAGAGAAGGCAAUCCUUAUUGGGAGUGGAUUUGCCAGUAUGCUGCCGACGAUUAUCAAAAUGCCGAACAUGGGGCGUCACCUGCCCGCUACAAUGAACUCUGUAAAACUUUUGAGCAAGCCACACGUUUAGAAAUUAUGUUUUGGGAAAAUGGGAUUACGUCUGUGUUAAGCAAAAUACAUGAGAUCAGCCAUUGA